ACACAGAUUUAGUCGUUAACGCACGGCCAAAACGUACACUUUACACGGAAAGCGCAAACUGAUAAUAAAUCAAAAACCAAAAUAAAAACGAAAUUGCCGCGAAAAGAAAAAAAGUGUUGUUCGUAUUUGCCUACUUAAACUAACCAAAUAAAGCAUAGCCAAAUAAAUAUUUUGAAAGAAAUAAAAUUUUUGAAUUUCUGACGUAUGUAACACCUGCUGAAAGGUUGCUUGUUAAUCACUAGAUUACAUAGUUUUGGAGCAGAAAAUUAGCAUCAAAUAAAAACAAGCUUAAGUGCAGUGCAGUUAAUUUGAAACUAGAUUUACACUUGAGCCUGCAUGCCUACUAUCUGCGUAAUUGUUUUGUCGAAUCUAACUGACUGCCAGCGGCGCUUAAAUUAAAAUAUCAUUGAAAUCUCAAAUAAACAAUCAACGCAAACCCAGCAACAAAUCCACGAACAAAUAUUGCCAUCAAGUGUCUUGACGUGUUUUACCCUACCCAUAGGCCUGUGGCAGUUUGCUGAAUUCGUCUCGUUAGAAUGACUAAAAAUGGUCAAACAAAUCCGGCAUAUGUUCCAGAUGCCACAGAUAAAGCAUCAAAGAAAUAUUCAUUGGAGUUAGCGGAAAAGGGUGAUAAGUCGGUCAUAGCAGCGAAUCAGGAUAGCUAUGAUCCCUAUAAGCAUCGCGAGGUGGAGCAUCCCACAACAAAUUCCGAAACCAUGUUUCAUUUCUUGAAAGGGUCAUUGGGAACUGGCAUAUUGGCCAUGCCAAAUGCCUUCAAAAAUGCUGGCUAUAUUUCAGGAAGCAUUGGUACAAUUGUGAUAGGAGCCAUCUGCACAUAUUGCAUUCAUCAGCUGGUCAAGGCCGAAUAUGAAUUGUGUAAACGUCGAAAGACUCCUAGUAUGACCUACCCCAAAGUAGCGGAAGAAGCUUUGUUAGAAGGUCCCACCUUCUUCCACAGAUUCGCCCCAUACAUUGGCGAUUUGGUCAACACGUUCCUGCUGAUUUACCAAUUGGGCACAUGUUGUGUGUAUGUGGUAUUUGUCUCCUCCAAUAUCAAAUCGGUAGCCGAUUACUAUCUGGAAUCCCCCAUUGAUGUACGCAUUUGUAUGCUGAUCAUACUCAUGCCCCUCAUUCUCAUCAACUAUGUUCGAAAUCUGAAAUAUUUGGCCCCAUUCUCCACUUUGGCUAAUGCCAUAACUAUGGUGUCCUUUGGCAUAAUUUGUUAUUAUCUUUUCCGUGAACCCAUAACGACGGAGGGCAAGGAAGCCUUCGCCCCAGUGAGUGGAUUCCCAUUGUUCUUUGGCACCGUUCUAUUUGCAUUGGAAGCCAUUGGUGUCAUUCUACCUUUGGAGAAUGAAAUGAAAACUCCCAAAAAAUUCGGAGGAUCCUGCGGCGUCCUUAAUCUGUCUAUGAUUCUGAUUGUUUUCUUGUAUGUGGGCAUGGGUCUAUUUGGCUACUUGAAUUAUGGCGAUGAAAUUGAAGGAUCUAUAACAUUGAAUUUACCAGCAAAAGAAGUAUUGGCACAAAGUGUCAAGGGAAUGUUGGCAUUUGCCAUUUUCAUCACUCAUAGCUUGGCUUGCUAUGUGGCCAUUGAUAUCACCUGGAAUGAUUAUGUGGGACGCAAAUUGGGGCCACAACGUUCGAAAUUAUUUUGGGAAUAUGUGGUGCGCACCUGCUUGGUUCUGGUGACAUUCUUAUUGGCUGUUGCCAUACCAAAUUUGGAGCUAUUCAUCUCAUUGUUUGGUGCCCUGUGCUUGUCCGCUUUGGGUUUGGCCUUCCCUGCUCUUAUACAAAUCUGCACACAUUGGUACAAUACCCAUGGGACAGCUAAAGUUUGGUUAAUUUUUAGCAAUUCUGUCUUGAUUAUAGUUGGCAUACUCGGUUUAGUAAUCGGUACAUACACAUCACUGGCGGAAAUUAUUGCCACAUUUUCAGACUAAAUAAGUCCAUACAACACAUGUCAAGCAGUUCCAUAACAGUAUAGAGUACAUCAUUAAAACAUUCCACUGUCAAACAAUAAUACAGAGUUAAGCUUUAGCAUAGUCUAAUUUAUUUAUUAUCAAAACAUAGCUGGGACCUAAACUGUACGUCAUUGUCGUUGUUAAAUAAAUUUAUAAAAUAAAAAGUGAAUGCCAUUUUAAGAGUUUAUAACAAUAAUUAUAAAUUGAAACUAAUCCAAACAUUUUUCUAAUACGACUUUGUGAUAUUUAAAAAAAGAGAGUAUUGUACCUAACUACCUACCCAAAAUACCUACAAAUAUGAAAAGUAGUUGUGAUACCGAAUACCUGUAUGUAUGUAUGUAAAUGUAUUAAGAUGAUUAACAAUUCAUGAAAUGUGAAAUAAAACCAAUUUUCAUGACAUAAAUUAUAGUCCCGUUAUUUUUAAGGUCCCUUUAUGUACCCCCCCAUAUGAUAUUAUAAACACAUGAAAGAUAUACGAUCCCAAAAACAAACACAUCCCAAAAACGAAUAGAAAAAUUCAUCAAACUCUUCACAGAAGUUGCAUGAACAUAAAUGAUUGCCUCUAGGUUAAGUUCAUAAAUUCUGAUAAACUAACCAGUAGCCUAGGAAUUCAAUUCUUCAAAUAAACAUUCAAUAUAUACCAGUGAAUAGAAUUAUUUCUUCCCAUUUCUGUAGAACCUUGUUAAGCUCGAGAACAAAUAAAAUAUUUAUUUAAAUA